AUGGGAUACUCAAUUGUGCGAAAAGACAGACAGAAUUCGUCGAAAGCUUGCAGUGGUGUUCUUAUUUAUGUUAGAGACGGUAUCCCAUUUAUUCGCCAAGCUAACUUUGUGGAAGAUAACUUCGAAUGUCUUUGGAUCGAAAUUAACAGACGGUUCUGCAAGCCCAUGGCUGUCGAUGUCGUCUGUAGACCAGGCUAUUUGAACUUUGAAGAUUUUGUGAAAGCUCUGACACGUAUUUUGGAUAAUACAGACUUGGAUAAAGUUGAAACAAUCAUCCUUGGUGAUUUUUAUGUUGAUUAUUCAGCAAAAAAAAAUCCCUUACGUUGCAGGUUGGACGAAUUUGCACUUUUUCAUUCAAUUUAA